UAACAAAAUAAUUAAAUGGCGUCAUCUCGUAUUCCGGGUACUGCGCGUCAGUUAUCGAAAACUUUUAAGCAUAGAAGCAGGUUUGAGGUUGGCAUCGCUGCCGAGCUACCCGCCGCUUACAAGAAGUUCUGGCGAGAAUGGAAAGUACUAAAGCCUGCCGCAGUACAUUUCGUUUCCCAAGAAGGCAGGUGGAGACGUGAUGAACUCACGGGCGAAACGCUACCUAUACAAAACAUCUCAUUGCCCCUCAAACAUCCUUCUGAAAUUCACGAAGGCAUUUGGGGUGGGGAAGCAGUUGUAAAAGGUUUCCAAAAACGUGAUCCAAUGAGACGCAGAGUCCCACACUACUGGGUGCCAGUGCUCAAGAGGACUGUAGUAAAGUCAGAGGUGCUUAACACCCACCUUUCAGUCACUGUUACUGACCGAACAAUUAGAUUAAUCAAUGACCACUAUGGAUUUGACCACUACCUACUCAAGACUCCUGCUUGUGACCUGGUGUCAAUGUUGGCACUGAAGUUAAAGAAACAAAUUUUGAUUGAAUUGAUGAAUGGAUGCCAGAGACUCUCUUAUGACCCAAUCAAGCAGAAGCAGAUUUAUGAAGAAUACAAAACCUAUUUGUCAUCUUACACUCCCGAGGAGAUUGAAUGGUAUGGCUUGACUUGGUAUGAAGCACUGUCAAAGAUAGCCAAACAGAAGGAAGCGGCUAACAGACCUGUCCCACUAAAGAAUGUGUACAGGAAAAAUCUUGUGGAUAAGCUAAAAGCUGCUGGAAUUGAAGAGACUAAGAACUCUCCUGAUGAUAUAUCCAACACAACAUCAUGGCUUUCAAAGAUGAACCCGUUCGGCAAGAAGGACGAAGCUUAGUAGGAGCAUAG